CACCCCCAUUUUCCCAACUGUCCCUGCUCGCACUCAGUCGGGAUUUCGGAACUACCAGCACCGAGUCAAAAAAAGAACGGGGGCGCUUUUGGGAAUUAAACUACACGGUUUGGUGUGGUUUACGUCAUCUAGUUGAGCGAAGGAGGGACUUUGUGCAUUAAUUCAAUAUGGCAGUGUUUCAAUGAGGUCGUGUUUCUGAAGAAGACUGAGUGAACCAUGGCCCAGUUCCCCACAACAUUCGCGGACGUGUUCCUGAUCUCGGUGGAUGAGAGAGCCAAACAUGACCAACAGUUUCACAGCCUCUCUCCCACUGCAGGGGGAUACAUCACGGGGGAUCAAGCCAGGAACUUCUUCCUGCAAUCCGGACUGCCGCCACCCAUCCUGGCCCAAAUCUGGGCCCUGGCUGACAUGAACAAUGACGGCCGUAUGGACAUCUACGAGUUCUCUAUCGCCAUGAAGCUCAUUAAGCUUAAACUCCAAGGACACCCCCUCCCUUCCGUGUUACCCCCCAGUAUGAAACAGGCCCCACUGUCUCUACCCCCGCAGGCUGGCUUCGGCAUGCCCGCCAUGGCGCCCAUUGCCACUGCUCUGCCGGGCGUGCCCCCUCUUCCGCUCCCUCCUCUACCCGUCGGCGUCUCGCCGCCUCUGGUCUCGGCGGCGGCGGCGCCCAUGGCCAACGGAGCCUCAAUCACAGGCGUGAUGCAACCCAUCUCGGGCUUCUCCCACCCAGGUGACGUGUCUCGGCCAUCUUCAAUCAACAAGGCCUCUUUCAACCGCUCCAGCACCAAAUUACAAAAGGCUCCAUCGUUGGAUGCCGCCAGCGCUCAGCCACCCGUCGACUGGGCCGUCCCUCAGUCGUCGAGGCUCAAGUACAGGCAGCUCUUUAACUCCCACGACAAAAUGAUGAGCGGACACUUGACUGGUCCACAGGCGCGUACCAUCCUCAUGCAGUCCAGUCUUCCUCAAGGGCAGCUAGCCUCAAUAUGGAGUCUGUCCGACAUCGACCAGGACGGCAAGUUGACGGCGGAGGAGUUCAUCUUGGCCAUGCACCUCAUCGACAUGGCUAUGUCCGGCCUGCCUUUGCCCCCUGUGCUGCCGCCAGAUUACAUCCCGCCCACAUUCAGGCGUGUGCGAAGUGACAGCGUGCAGUCGGACCAGAAGAGUGUCCCUGAAGAGGCAGAGGAGGAGGUGGAGAGCAACCAGGACAAGAAACUCCCAGUUACGUUUGAGGACAAGAAGCGGGAGAACUUUGAGCGGGGCAAUUUGGAGUUGGAGAAGCGACGCCAGGCCCUGCAGGAGCAGCAGAGGAAAGAACAGGAGAGGCUGGCGGCGCUGGAGAGAGAAGAGCAGGAGAGGAAGGAGCGUGAGAGACUGGAGCAAGAGAGGAGGCGACAGCAGGAGUUGGAGAAGCAGCUUGAGAAGCAGAGGGAGUUGGAGAGGCAGCGAGAAGAGGAGAGACGCAAAGAAAUCGAAAGGAGAGAGGCCGCAAAGCGUGAGCUGGAGCGCCAGAGGCAGCUGGAGUGGGAGCGGCAGCGUCGACAGGAGCUUCUCACUCAGAGGAACCGAGAGCAGGAGAGCAUUGUUCUCCUCAAAGCCCGCAAGAAGACCUUGGAGUUUGAACUGGAGGCGCUGAAUGACAAGAAGAGCCAGUUGGAGGGCAAACUGAAGGACGUCCGCUUCCGUCUGUCGGCUCAGCGCAGGGAAGUGGAGCAGACCAACCAGACCCGGGAGACGCGCAUCGCCGAGAUCACGCUGUUGCAGCGGCAGCUGCAAGACUCCCAGCACUGGCUCGGGAGUCUCAUUCCUGACAAGCAGACUCUCAACGACCAGCUCAAACAGGUUCAACAGAGCAGCCAGCACCGCGACAGUCUUUCAUUGCUGCAGAAGGCUGUGGACCAGAAGGAGUCCAGCAGACGGCAGCUCAAAGAGCAGCUGGACACCGUGGAGAGGGAAACCAGGGCCAAGCUGCUCGAGAUUGAUGCUUUCAACACUCAGCUUAAGUCUCUGUGUGAGUUCUAUGCCAGCCACUGUGCCAGGAUAGAAGCCCUGCGACGACAGCUUGACGGCGAGCAGAGAGGGAGACAGGAGCUGAGAGAGAUCCACAGCCGGCAGCAAAGGCAGAAGCAGAAGGAGCCGGAGAGAGACGCACACUCGAUGACGCAGGCGCCGAUCGACAGGCCGUCUGCCGAGUUGCAGGAAAGCAGGUUGUCCUCAGACAAAACUCUGACUUGGAGGAACGACGACGCAGGCAGUUCCGACCUAAAGGCGCCCAGCCCCGCACCCGCCUCGCACGCUUGGCUCAACCGGGUGACCCAGGAGGAAGAGGAGAGGAAAAGGCGAGGCCCGGAGGAGGACGCGGAAGGUCACAAGACUGCUGCAUCCGUGGAGGAGAAGGACGAGGACGCCCGGGGCAAGAAGGACAUGCAGGAGGAACUCAGUAAGCUCUUCAGCCAGCCGGUCGAUCCCUGGGCUUCGACAGUAGAAAAGGCUCCAGUGGCAAGCCUGUUUGAGCAGAAGGCAGCAGGCAGCGGCUUUGAGCAACACCGGCCGGCGGCGGUAAAGGUGGUCUACUACAGAGCGCUGUACCCCUUUGACGCUCGCAGCCAUGAUGAGAUCAGCAUCGCCCCCGGUGACGUCAUUAUGGUGGACGAGACUCAGACAGGGGAGCCCGGUUGGCUGGGCGGAGAGCUCAGGGGACAAACCGGCUGGUUUCCGGCCAAUUAUGCUGAACGGAUACCGGACAGCGAAGCGCCUGUCAGCCUGCGGGCGACUGCUUCGGCCACGCCCACUUCGGCCUGGCAGCCCGUCAGCACGCCGCCCCCCGCACCUGGGCAGACCUCAUCCGCGCCGUCUGCCAACAGUAACUGGGCCGACUUCAGCACCACAUGGCCAUCAAACAGCAGCAGCCAGAUGGACAGCGAAGGAUGGGACGCGUGGCCCACCUCUUCCGCCGCUCAGAAUCCGUCCCUCAGCGUCCCGUCAGCUCAGCUGCGACAGCGUUCGGCGUUCACGCCGGCCACCAUGACCACGGGGUCCUCGCCCUCUCCCGUGCUCGGCCAGGGGGAGAAGGUGGAGGGAUUGCAGGCUCAGGCUUUGUACCCCUGGAGAGCCAAGAAGGACAACCACCUCAACUUCAACAAAAACGAGAUUAUAACGGUGCUGGAGCAGCAGGACAUGUGGUGGCUGGGAGAGCUCCAGAGCGGACAGAGAGGAUGGUUCCCCAAAAGCUACGUGAAGCUCAUCUCUGCCACCAUGACGACCCCACUCGCGUUUCCUCCGGCGGCUCCGAUGGCAGCCCCAAUCGCACCCCCGCUUGUUUCCUUAGCACGUGGCAAGAACACAAGUGAAUGCGUGAUGUCAGAAAGUCCCCCUAAUGGAAAACGCCCCUCACCCACCCCAAGCAAGCCCUUGGAGUCAGGAGAAGAGUACGUGGCCAUGUACACUUACGAGAGCAGCGAGCAGGGCGACCUGAGUUUCCAGCAAGGAGACGUCGUCACGGUGACCAGGAAGGAGGGCGACUGGUGGACGGGCACAGUCGCGGGAAAGACCGGGGUUUUCCCCUCCAAUUACGUCAAACCGCGGGACACCUCAUCGGAUUCUUUAGGACCAGCAGGAAAAACGGGGAGCCUUGGCAAAAAACCAGAGAUCGCCCAGGUGAUUGCCCCCUACUGCGCAACGGGAGCGGAGCAGCUAACGUUAGCGCCGGGCCAGCUUAUCCUCAUCAGGAAGAAGAACCCAGGCGGCUGGUGGGAGGGCGAGCUUCAGGCCCGGGGGAAAAAGCGACAAAUUGGAUGGUUUCCGGCCAAUUACGUCAAGCUGCUCAGCCCCAGCACCAGCAAGACCACGCCCACUGAGCCCACGCCGCCAAAACCGGUCCCCACCAACACUGCCGUGUGCCAGGUGAUCGGCAUGUACGACUACGUGGCGCAGAACGAUGACGAGUUGGCCUUCCAGAAGGGUCAGGUGAUCACCGUGCUCAACAAGGACGACUGCGACUGGUGGAAAGGCGAGCUGAACGGCCACGAGGGGCUUUUUCCCAGCAACUACGUCAAGCUCACCACCGACACCGACCCCAGCACUCAGUGGUGCGCCGACCUGCACCUGCUGGACAUGCUGAGUCCCAUGGAGAGGAAACGUCAAGGCUACAUCCACGAGCUCAUCGUAACGGAGGAGAAUUACGUCAACGACCUGCAGCUCGUCACUGAGAUCUUUCACAAGCCUCUGCUGGAGUGUGAGCUGCUGAGUGAGAAGGAGGUGGCCAUGAUCUUUGUCAAUUGGAAGGAGCUCAUCAUGUGCAACAUCAAGCUGCUCAAAGCGCUGCGGGUGAGGAAGAAGAUGUCGGGCGAUCGCAUGCCUGUCAAGAUGAUAGGCGACAUCCUCACCAAUCAGCUGCCACACAUGCAGCCGUAUAUCAGGUUCUGCUCGUGUCAGCUGAACGGAGCCACGCUGAUUCAGCAGAAAACCGAUGACAAUCCCGAAAUCAAAGAUUUCCUCAAGAGGUUAGCCAUGGACCCCCGCUGCAAGGGGAUGCCGCUCUCCAGCUUCCUGCUCAAGCCCAUGCAGAGAGUCACUCGCUACCCGCUCAUCAUUAAAAACAUCUUGGAAAACACUCCUGAGUCACAUCCGGACCACAGUCACCUGAAAGCUGCUCUGGAGAAGGCGGAGGAGUUGUGCUCGCAGGUGAACGAGGGCGUGAGGGAGAAGGAGAACUCUGAUCGUCUGGAGUGGAUCCAAACGCACGUUCAGUGUGAAGGCCUGUCUGAGCAACUGGUCUUCAACUCUGUGACCAACUGUUUGGGUCCCCGCAAGUUCCUUCACAGCGGCAAACUUUUCAAAGCCAAAAGCAGCAAAGAGCUCUACGGCUUCCUCUUCAACGACUUCCUGCUGCUGACGCAGGUCACCAAGCCUCUGGGUUCAUCCGGAUCCGACAAAGUCUUCUCGGCCAAAACACACCUGCAGUACCGCAUGUACAAGACGCCCAUCUUCCUGAACGAGGUUCUGGUGAAAUUGCCUACGGACCCGUCGGGGGACGAGCCCCUCUUCCACAUCUCGCACAUCGACAGAGUUUACACGCUCAGGGCCGAGAGCAUCAAUGAGCGGACGGCGUGGGUCCAGAAAAUCAAGGCGGCCUCCGAACUCUUCAUUGAAACAGAGAAGAAGAAGCGAGAAAAGGCCUAUCUAGUGCGUUCCCAGAGGGCAACAGGCAUCGGCAGGCUGAUGGUCAACAUUGUGGAGGGAAUCGAACUCAAGCCGUGUCGCUCGCACGGUAAAAGCAACCCUUACUGUGAGGUUACCAUGGGCUCGCAGUGCCACAUCACCAAAACUCUGCAGGACACGCUGAAUCCCAAGUGGAACUCCAACUGCCAGUUUUUCAUCAAGGACUUGGAGCAGGACGUCCUGUGCGUUACCGUGUUUGAACGGGACCAGUUCUCACCCGACGACUUCCUGGGCCGGACCGAGAUAAGAUUGGCCGAGAUCAAGAAGGACCAGGGCUCCAAGGGACCAAUCACCAAGCGCUUACUGCUGCACGAGGUUCCCACAGGCGAGAUAGUGGUCAGAUUGGACCUUCAACUAUUCGAGGAGCCCUGAAAACCUGCACCGGGAUCCUUUCUAUCAGGAACAACUGGACACAACUGGACCUGGCUUGAAGAUGGAAGAGAGACUUUCUUAUUCUUGUUAUUUAUUGACUGACCAGAAGAAGUUGAAUCAUCAUCUGGUAAGUUGGACCACGAGGCAGCUCGCUUACAAAACUUCACGUUCAUCAAACAACGCAAUUUUGAUGGGCAGAACUCAAGUGAAAGCCACAAUGUGAGGCAACAUUGGGCUUUUUUGUGCGCUGUUUUUGACUUCCGAUUUAGCUGUUCAUCCUCCCCUCCCCCCCAGAUACUCACUCCAGUGACAAUCUGUGCGUAUGUGUGAGAAAUUUACAGACUUAACAGAAGAUAUUAACAGCGCUAAUCAGUUAGCAGCAGUAGAAGCCGAGUGUUGAGGAUAACCGAUUUAUCAUUUCUUUUGUACCCAUAUGGAUAGUUAACUGUUUUUCCCCUUUCACUUUGUACCAAUGAAAAUUAUGAAUUUACGUUUUCCUUUUUUUGGUCACUCAUAAGGAUGAGCCUGGUUUUUUUUCUUCUAUGAGGCAGAUUACAUUUGUCUUAUUUUUACUGAUAAGGGUAUUUAGUUGAAUUUGUUACUCAAUUAUUUUUUGUGAAUUAUGAUGAAUAUUCAGUUUUUCCAUUCAGUGACCUCUCUCCUCUUUAGGUUGUUACGCACGCACGCACACAUACAUACGCACAAAGUGGACUGAAGUUAUUUAUCUCAAAGAGGAACGCUGUGUACCACGUUUCCCCAACACUGUAAACAACCGACGGUUACCUUAGCGACCAGCCACUGUACAAGCAGCUGUGGGUGGUGUGUCUUCACAAUGAGAAAAAUGUCUUAAGCCUGUAUUUUCCUCCUGAGACCCCCUCGUACCCUCUCACACUGUACUAAAAGUAAGCUAAUGACCAGAGAUGGGGACUCGAGUCACUGUGACUUGGACUCGAGUCGACUUGAGUCGCUGUUUUGAUGACUUGUGACUUGACAAAAAUAAAAAAAUUUGAGACUCGACUUGGACUUGGAAGUUAAAGACUUGGGACUUGACUUGAGACACAAUGACUUGAAUGACUUCAGUGUCAUUUAGUUUAUGUUUUCAGUUUGAAUAUAAAAUUAAUAAUACAUUUAAAAAAGUAAUAUCGAUAACACGGUAGGAGCGCAGGCUGAGAAUGGCGUUGUCAUGAUUGGAUCGCUACCCUGUCAAUCAAUCAGUCGUGCCCUCUCUACCUACCUAACGUGUUUAUUGGAGAAUCACGCCCCUUUAUAAGGGACAUGCACAAACAUGUCAGCGGGAGCGGUACUGCAAGGCAAAAGACGAACAGCAGUGCAAGAUAUGCAACAGAAACAUUUCAGACAGCCAGACGACAACUUCAAACUUUGUCCGUUUGAAGUUUAUAGAGCUCUGGUGUCUCCAGAUGUUACAGAUGAAACAUAAAAUGUUUAUAAUGCUCUUUAAUGUGUUUCUUCUUUCAGAUUUUCAGAUUAUUUUUUCAUAUUUGCAACUCAAAUGUGUCAGACACUGUCGGCAGACGUUCAUUUGUUUAGAUUGACCUGUCAAUCAUUGUACGAGGUAAUUUCUUUUUUGUUUGAUUCCAUGGUGUAUUUUACUGAAUAUCAGUAAUUACAGUGCAAAUCCAAAUUAUUGUCAUAUUUUUUAAACAGGUUAGGCACAUUGGACAAUGAUGGUUACUUAAAGGUACUUAUAUCUUGUCUUUUCACAUUACUAAGAUCAGAUUCUGCGGGUAAAAUUGCAAUAAUAAGGUGACUUGACUUGGACUUGACCUAUUUAAGGACUUAACUUGACUUGUCCAAGAAAAAAUGACUUGGGACUUACUUGAGACUUGAAGGUUAAGACUUGAGACUCACUUGAGACUUGCACAUGUGUGACUUGGUCCCAUCUCUGCUAAUGACCCCUUCAUACUGUCUGCCUUAUCGGCUACUAUAGAAAUACUACUGAGAAAACUGAAGCGUUAAUAUAUGACCACUGGACGAUAGAAGACGGACGUCGCGCUACUGUAGAUGAAUAUAUGUGUACUUUGUUGUCUUUUCAGUGUUAAAGUUCAAAAUAAACUUCAGUUGGACCAACA